CUUCCGUAGAGGAAGUCGCGCGGACCUGUAUCAGGGGUUUCGGUGUCCCCCCCUCCCCUUCCCUGGGGUCCGGGGGUGACAUUGCACCGCGCCCCUCACGGGGUCGCGUCGCCACCCCAAGCAGACUCCUUAGCUGACGUGCUGCCCCCGUCCACCCCUCUUGGCCAGGCCUCCACCCCACCCCCAGCUGCCCAGCCAUGGGGGCCGCAGUGUUUUUCGGAUGCACUUUCGUCGCUUUCGGCCCGGCCUUUGCGCUUUUCUUGAUCACUGUCGCUGGGGACCCUCUUCGCGUCAUCAUCCUGGUGGCGGGGGCGUUUUUCUGGCUGGUCUCCCUGCUCUUGGCCUCUGUGGUCUGGUUCAUCUUGGUCCAUGUGACCGACAGGUCAGAUGCCCGGCUCCAGUAUGGCCUCCUGAUUUUUGGUGCUGCGGUCUCUGUCCUUCUACAGGAGGUGUUCCGCUUUGCCUACUACAAGCUGCUUAAGAAGGCAGAUGAGGGGUUAGCAUCGCUGAGUGAGGACGGAAGAUCACCCAUCUCCAUCCGCCAGAUGGCCUAUGUUUCUGGUCUUUCCUUCGGUAUCAUCAGUGGUGUCUUCUCUGUUAUCAAUAUUUUGGCUGAUGCACUUGGGCCAGGUGUGGUUGGGAUCCAUGGAGACUCACCCUAUUACUUCCUGACUUCAGCCUUUCUGACAGCAGCCAUUAUCCUGCUCCAUACCUUUUGGGGAGUUGUGUUCUUUGAUGCCUGUGAGAGGAGACGGUACUGGGCUUUGGGCCUGGUAGUCGGGAGUCACCUACUGACCUCGGGACUGACAUUCCUGAAUCCCUGGUAUGAGGCCAGCCUGCUGCCCAUCUAUGCAGUCACUGUUUCCAUGGGGCUUUGGGCCUUCAUCACAGCUGGAGGGUCCCUCCGAAGUAUCCAGCGCAGCCUCUCGUGCCGACGGCAGGAGGACAGUCGGGUGAUGGUGUAUUCUGCCCUGCGCAUCCCACCCGAGGACUGAGGGAACCUGGGGGGGCCCCUAGGCCUGGGGUGCCCUCCUGAUCUCCUCGCCCUGUAUUUCUCCAUCUCCAGUUCUGGACAGUGCAGGUUGCCAAGAAAAGGGACCUAGCUUAGCUGUUGCUGUGGAGAUGAGAUUAAUGGAGGCUCAAGGGUAGAUGAGCUCUAAGUUUCCCAGUACCUCCUCCCCAGACUGGGCAUCUUGGUCUUUUUCUCAGGUCUGAGGGGAACCAUUUUUGAUGUGAUAAAGACCCCAAACUGCC